UCUAUCAUGAACCUCCUCAGGUCUCUCUAUAUCUUCAGCGCCUACAUCGCCACUGUCCUCUGUGUCAUGGCCUCCCCAGCACACACACAACCUCGUGAGCUGUGGCACAAACCUACUGACGGAGGCAGCGACGUGGUGACUCAGCUUCUGGUGACGCUGGUGGAAGUGGCUCGCUCCACUACCUACUCGAAUCUCCUGGCCCUCAACAUCACAAAUGUUAUAAUCCUCGGUCUCGCCACUCUCGCCUUCUUAAGCUACUUCGGCUUCAUUGAUAUGAGCCUUGGUAGGUCUGUGGACGGACCCUGGGGAGUAGAUGUGUCCGCCGGCACCAGAGUCGUGGCUUCUCUCACUCCACUCGUCCAUCAAGCCUUCCUUGUCUACAAGGAACUCCAGACCGUGUAG